GAGGAGCGCCGGCAGUUCCAGAAGCUGCAAGAGGUGCAUGCGCGGUGCGGCGACCACCAGAAAGAGCUGGCUGAGCUUCGCGAGGCUUCCACGCAGGCGCAAGCCGAUCGGGAGGAGCUGGAGCGACUCCGCGAGGAAAACCGAGCUUCCAAGCAGCGAGCAGCGGCUCUGGAGGCAGAGAAGCUCGGCUUUGAGGAGACCUUAUCGCGCCAGCAGCAGGCCAUGAAGGAGAUGCAGACGAAACUGCAGGAGAUGAUGCAGCACAGCAAGGACUCUGGCUCCCAGGCUAUGGUUGAGAGACUGAUGAAGAAGGCUGGCAUUUGCGAGGAGGUUGUGAUUUCCACGGAGCAGGUGUGGGUCCGGCUCUACAGGGAUGCCAUGCUCCGGCGCGAACGUCAGGCAAAGCUUCAGGCAGAGAAGCAGGCGCAGCAGCAGAGGGACAGAGACGUACAGGAAGCCCAGGCUCACCACCGACGUGAGUCUGCGGAAUUCUUUGGCAUUACGCAGCCAGAAGCGGCUUCGCCCACGCGCAAGGAGGCGUGCUAUCCUCCGCAGCCGGCUGCGCAAGGAUCACCGAUGUGUGCCUGGCUUCGUGCUGACCUGGACCUCUCGCCUGUGCGUGUCAUGCAGGCCCCGCGGAGGCGACGGAUCCUCGCACCGCCGAAGGGAACGGGCCUCCAGAACUCCCAUUCCGCGCCGUCAUUUCGCCUUGAUGCCGGAUAG